CUUAGACUGUACCAUCAUGUAUUUCGAGACGUUUCCCCGAGACGCCAUUGACCAGUUAUCGGACACAGGCCCGAUCUACGUACGGCACAAGGACGGCAGGAUGCGGUCACCGCCCCGCAUGGGCCCGCCUGAGAAACGGCGCAGGCUGGAACCGACUCCUGCAGCAAAUCUAGACCGAUGCAGCUCACAUACUUCACCUGCAAAAGGUGCUCCAAGAAAGUUGUUCAGUCUCUGCCUGGACUUUGUUGCUGAAAACAUCCACAUGGUGGACUCACUAGUGGACUUCCCAGAACUGGUGGGGCACCAACUCUUCAAGGCAGUCCAGGACACUGGGAGAUUUGGCCUGCCUGGUGAGGCUGCCAGGACGCUCGGCCUGUUCUGUGAGGCCUAUGGGGACUUGGUUCUGAGUUCCCUAACAGUUAAGGGACAAGUCCUACCACUGAAUAAUUAUCUACAGCCUGGGAUUCAGUAUAUGACAACCCUUCAGCAGCUGGACCUGAGCAACUGUGGACUGGGGGAUGACCAUGGCAUUCUGGGAGAAAUCAGUCAGAUGCCUAGUCUGAUCCACCUUAGCCUUCAGAGGAACUGCCUGUCUCAUCAAGGUGUACAGAGAGUCACCAUGCCCUACAAGAUGUUUGGGAGAGGGCCAGGUGGCAUGGAGGUGUUCAGUCUGGCAGAUAAUGUAGAGCUGAAUGACAAGGUGGUGGGUUGCCUGGUGCCAUUCAAGAGUCUACGAGCGGUCAACCUCUCACAAACUGGUCUGACAACAUCCGGCAUCCAGAAGCUAUGUAACCUGGGCUGGGUACAGUGCCAGAAGACGCUACCAGAAUUCAGCGAGGACGAUACAAUCAACAAUGUUGGGUGGGCACAGGAGGUGACUCACUAUAUAUUUCUGUACCACUAUUGA